AUGGCUAAAUCAGAAAUUAAUUUGUUACAAGAGCUGUCGAUUAAACGAGGAUUUAUGCCUAUUUAUAAUUUUUCUGAAAAAAAUAUUAAUUACAAGAAGCAAUUUAUAUGUAAUGUGGCUUGUGCGGAAUUGACAACACAUGGUACAGGGAGUACAAAAAAAGAAGCCAAGCAUAAUGCUGCAAGAAACAUGCUGUCACUGUUGACAAAUCAUAAAAUUUCGUUAUCAGUAGUUACUCCACAAAUAGUUACUUCACCAAUAGUUACAAACAUACUACAAAACCCUGAACAAAUUUGCAACACAUCUUCAAGUGUUCCAUUUUCAAAAGACAACUCAAAUAAACAGUUCACUGUUGAACAUAAUUACAUUGGAAUGUUGCAAGAGUUCUGCCAACAACGAAAAAUACUAACGAAAGACAUUCAGUAUGAUCUUAUCUAUGACGAAGGAUUACCUCACAUGAAAACAUUUACUGUAAGAGUCAGCUUGGGAUCACUAUGUGAAAGAGGUACGGGACAGUGUAAGAAGUCUGCUAAACAAGAAGCUGCAAAAAAAAUGCUACUACAUCUGAAUCCAAACAUAAUAGCUAAUAAAAAUGCAGACACACACAUUAAUGUAUAUGAUAGGGAGACACUUGAGAAUAAUAUACGAGAAUUAGGUACAAAAAUAUCAGAAUGCGUUAACAUUAACAAAAAUACUUUAUCAGUGGAAAAGUUAUCGGAAAAUGCAAAGUCGAUCUAUCUGAAAUGUACUAAAAGAACUAAUGUAAUCGGUCAAGAAAUCAAUCCCUUAACACUCAAGGACUUCCAUAUGUUAUUUGAGAAGAAUUACUCCAAUAAAAUUACGUACUGUAUGAAACAAAAAAUGCAGAUUGUAUUGGAUAAAUAUCCCAGAGAAGAUCCACAUCUGAUGCACGAGAUUAGACAAGAUAUAAAACAAGUAUUAAAAGUUAAGAUACAACAAGUCACUGCAUAUAACAAAUCACAGAAUUAUUUGAUAUGUUUGCGCUUGUUGUCCAAUCCUUGUAUUACACAAUUCGGUAUAGAUGAGAAUAGAAUGGUAGCAGAGUAUCGUGCCAUGUGUAAUCUCAUGAGAGCUAUUUUAAUUUUUAUUAAUUAA